AUGCGUCAGCCUACCGUUCAAGAUACUAAGAGGAUUUUGGCAGAGAAUGAAGUUCGUGAGUUUCCUGGGAUGCUUGGUAGUAUGGAUUGUUUUCAUCGGGCAUGGAGAGCAUGUCCUAUGGAUCAGGCAGGAUCCCACGUGGGUUAUAAGUCAAUUCCCAAAAUUGUUCUGCAGGCGGUAGCUUCAUAUGAUAAAUGGAUAUGGCAUUCCUAUUUUGGGUUGGGUGGCCGUAAUAAUGAUUGUAAUGUCUUGCAUGCUUCGGGUUUGUUCGAUAGAGAAAUUAAUGGUGUAACACCUCCUUGUCAUUAUCAAAUCAAUGGAAGAAACUACAAUACGGGGUACUACCUAGGAGAUGGAGCAUAUCCUAUGUAUGGUUGCCUUGUGCAAGCAUACAAACCCGCCGCAAACAAUGUGAAAAGUCUUUUCAAUCAAUAUCAAGAAGCAAAAAGGAAAGACAUUCAACGUGCAUUUGGUGGUCUAAAGGGUAAGUUUGGUAUUAUAUUGAAACCAUGUCGUUAUUAUGAAAAAUUGGACAUGAAGGCAAUUAAGGGGGUGCUUGAUAAUAAUAUGUGUGUUGAUAUGGAUUAUCGCAAUGAGGAUUGGGAAAGGAUCACGGGACAAGAACCCCAACCGCCAAUUCAAGGAAACGUAAGGCUACCUCCUCAAAUAUUGUACAACCCGGCGCGUUGGGCGGAACUUCGCGAAGAACUCACUACACACAUUUGGCAACGACAUGGAGAUGGUUUGAGAGAUGGAGAUAUUCCGAACAUAGUGAUGGAUGAUGCCUUACCGGAAGUUCAUGAGGGUACAACCGACGUGGACACCGAUGAAGACCAAUAUGACCCUCAAGGAGAUGGAGCAUUUUAUGAGAAUGGAGAGUAA